CUACAAAUAUCCCAUCAUCUUCAACAAUCAAAACCCUAUUUCAGUUUCUCACACACAAACACAGUAACCCCCUUCUUCACAACAACCAUGGCGAUAAGCAUCUCCGAUCACCAAGUCCCCUUCAACACACACGACUACUUCGACGUCACAUUCUCCAACGACACCAUCUUAACCCUAGUCACACACACCCCUUCCUUCGUCGACAUGUGGAUCUCCGAAAUCGAACGCAUCCACCGCCACCGUCUCCACUCCCUCGUCGUCGGCCUCGACAUCGAGUGGCGCCCUAGCUUCAACCGCAACAUCCAAAACCCCGUAGCCACCCUCCAACUCUGCGUGGGACGCCGUUGCCUGAUCUUUCAACUCCUCUACGCCCCUUACAUCCCACAAUCUCUCUUAAACUUUUUACGAAACCCUAACUAUACGUUCACAGGGGUGGGGAUUGAGAGCGAUGUUGAGAAGCUGGUUGAGGAUUAUAACCUUGGGGUUGAGAGGAUGGAGGAUGUGCGUACGUUAGCGGCGGAGGCGUACGGUGUGAGGGAGUUUAAGAAUGCUGGGAUUAAGAGUUUGGCGGAACAGGUGCUUGGGAAAGAAGUUAAUAAGCCGAAAUGGGUUACGAUGAGUAAGUGGGAUCAACCGUGGUUGAAUCCGGAUCAGGUGCAGUAUGCUUGUGUUGAUGCGUUUUUGAGUUUUGAGAUCGGUAGGGUUUUGAUCUCUGGAAAUCGCAACUGACUGAUGCUAGGGUGGGUGGGUGGGUUCGUAAUGUUGAUUUUACUGUUUUAUAUGUUUAAUAAUAUCUGUUGAUGGAGGUUUUGUGUUUACAAGAAGAUCCUGUUUAGGAUUUGGAACUGUUGAUCUGGUUUUUAACUGAAUGUUGGUUUCUUUUGCAAAAUUUGGUUCAAAUUCA